AUGCUUCACGAAGCGGUGAAGGAUUUCUAUACCAUUGAAGGUACUGGAACAGUACCAGUGGAGAUUCCUAUGUCCAGGGAGGACGAACGAGCGCUAACCAUAAUGGAGACUACAACCAUUCGGAUCGGAAAUCGCUUCGAAACGGGUCUAGUCUGGAAGGAAGACCAGGUAGAAUUCCCGAAUAGCUACCCCAUGGCCGUUCGACGGCUAGAAUGUCUAGAGCGAAGGAUGGAUCGAGAUCCAGUACUACAAGAGAACAUGCAUCGCCAAAUACGGGAAUACGAAGUGAAAGGAUAUGCACACAAGGCUACAAAAGCGGAAAUGGAAAUUGCUGAUCCCAGGAGAGUGUGGUACCUGCCGGUCGGAGCGGUAAUGAACCCCAAGAAACCGGGUAAGGUUAGAGUCGUCUGGGACGCUGCAGCCAAGGUUGAAGGUAUGUCGUUAAACAACGCACUCCUGAAAGGACCAGACCAACUAACCUCCCUACCGGCUAUACUGUUUCGCUUCCGGUUGUACAAAGUGGCAGUCAGUUCAGAUAUCCAGGAAAUGUUCCAUCAGAUCCGUAUACGAGAAGAAGAUAAGCACUCUCAGCGUUUCCUGUGGCGAGAUAAUCCAUCCGAGAAACCGACAAUUUACUUGAUGGACGUUGCCACAUUUGGCAGUUCAUGCUCACCUGCUUCGGCGCAAUUCAUUAAAAAUCGGAAUGCCGAGCAACAUCGCGAGUUGUAUCCAGAAGCGGCAAAAGCGAUAGUAGACAACCACUACGUCGACGAUUAUCUGGCGAGUUUCAGUUCCGAUGACGAGGCUUCAAAAGUGGCGAGUGAGGUAAGAAGCGUACACGGUAACGGAGGGUUUAAGUUGCACAAUUGGCGGUCUAAUAGUGGCGCGGUGUUGAAACGACUUGGCGAAGAGCAAGCUGGAACGGAUAAACACUUGUCUCCGGUGGAUGGGGUGAAAGCAGAAAGAGUGCUCGGGAUGCUGUGGAAUCCUUCAACUGACAACCUGAGCUUCUCCACCCUGAUGAGUGAAGAAGUGCAAGAGUUGAUUCGAAACACCACCCGACCCACGAAAAGGAAUGUGCUACGAACGGCACUAGCCUGGAUCAAGGCUGAUCCCAGAAACUACCGACAGUUUGUAUCUUUCAGAGUGAGUGAAAUUCUAGAGAACACGACUGGAAGCGAUUGGAGAUGGGUACCAUCGAAAUUCAAUCCAGCGGAUGAAGCAACCAAAUGGGGCAGCGGCCCAUACUUCAAUCGAGAUAGUAAAUGGUUUCAAGGACCCGACUUUCUCCGUCUGCCGGAAACCGAAUGGCCUCGCCCAAAAGAGCCGGUGUCUAACACAACUGAAGAGAUGCGCGCAACGAUUUCGUUACAUUGUUCGGUCGAUCCCGUUAUUGAAUUCAGUCGGUUCUCUUCAUGGGAUCGGUUGCUACGGGCCACAGCAUAUACCCUUCGAUUCCUUAAUAACUCUUCCAAGAUGAAGCCAAAAAUCAAUGGACUACUUCAACAAGAUGAACUUCAAGUAGCAGAGGUAACGAUCUUCAGGCUUGUACAGCGCGAGUCGUACUCGGACGAGAUCAGCGCACUAUCCACUAAGGCAGCGAACAAAACCGGACAGGACUUCAUCGGGAAGCACAGCUCUAUCUACCAACUAAUACCGUUUCUAGACGAUAAUGGCUUGCUGCGUGAACGUGGUCGGCUUGGUGCAGCUGAGGACAUAUGCUACAACGUGCGUCAUCCUAUUAUCCUCCCGCGGAACCAUCUCGUAACGCUGCUUCUAGUGAAUAUGUACCAUCGCCAAUACCGCCACUGCAAUUCGGAGACCGCCGUUAACGAAAUACGUCAGCUAUUUAACAUUCCAAGACUCCGCUCAAUUGUAAGGAAAGUAAGCCGCGACUGCACCUUUUGUAAGAUCCGUAGGGCAAAGCCAGCUAUUCCACUCAUGGCGCCACUACCACCUGCUCGUCUGGCCCACCACGAGCCACCAUUUACCUAUACAGGUUUGGACUACUUCGGGCCACUAUUGGCCGUCCAUUUGGAAGUCGCUUACACUUUGUCUACGGAAUCAUGUAUCUCUUGUGUCCGGCGGUUCGUUGGUCGUCGCGGACCUCCUGCUGAAUUCUUUAGUGAUAACGGGACGAAUUUCCAAGGAGCGGAACGAAUUCUACGGUACCAGAUAAGCCAGGGACUGUCUGCAACAUUUACCAGCACUGACACGAAAUGGAACUUCAUACCGCCAGGAGCGCCUCAUAUGGGCGGAGCCUGGGAACGUUUAGUGCAAUCAGUGAAAGCUGCGAUCGGGGAUGCCUACUCUGAGGGAAAGCUCAACGACGAGGGGCUGCAGACUUUGGUCGUGGGGGCGGAGAAUAUGGUAAACUCAAGGCCUCUGACCUAUCUACCGCUUGACUCUGAAGAGACCGAGGCUCUUACGCCAAACCAUUUCUUGAUAUUGAGCUCUUCUGGCAUGAAACGUUAUAAAAGAUAUACUGCUACAGUUCGUGGUAAUUCUAGUGAACUUGUUCGCAAAGAAAUCCUGGGUAGGUCAUGGGAACUAAUUCAGAGGCAGCUAGGAAUAUUUUGGAAACGGUGGCUAAUAGAAUACUUGCCGGUGAUUCGUCGGCAACCAAAAUGGUUCGAUGAGGCACGAGCACUACAGGAAGGAGACUUGGUAAUGGUCGCUGAACCUAUGAAGCGUAAUGGGUGGCAACGGGGACGAACCAUCCGCACAAUCCAGAACCCGGAUGGACGACAACGACAAGCGGUUGUGAAAAUUGGGGAAAAAACCUUUGUAAGGCCGAUGACACGGUUGGCGCUACUUGAACUGAAGGAAAACCGUGAAGAUCCGGACGAUGCCGGACUACACCGGGGGGAGACUGUUGGCGCAGAAGAGGACAAUCUGGCAACCAUGUCAUCUAUUUUAAAAGCGCCGCGUUCACCUGUCAAAGCGUCGAAGCGGUUCCAGUGA